AUGGAAAGCUUUGACUUACCUCCCAAACAGGGAUUGUACGAUCCCGCUUUCGAAAAAGAAGCAUGUGGUGUUGGUUUUGUUGUCAACAUGUAUGGAAAAAUGUCUCAUAAGUUGCUUAGAGAUGCAGAAACUAUAUCUAGACGUCUGGAGCAUAGAGGAGCAUGUGCCUGUGACGGUGAUACUGGAGAUGGUGCUGGCGUUAUGGUAUCAAUACCUCAUGAAUAUUACAAGUCACGUGUGAAAGAAACUGGAGUUAUUCUCCCAGAGAAAGGAAACUAUGCUACUGGUAUUAUGUUUUUGAAGCAUUCUGAAGUUGAUGAAGUAAAACUCAAGUUUGAAGGCAUUGCAAAAAGUUUCGACUUGCAGAUAUUGUGCUGGCGAAACAUUGAAAUUGAUGACAGUUCUUUAGGCUCUGUUGCCAGAUCGUCUGAGCCUUCAAUGAAUCAAGUAUUUAUUAUUGGAAAAUAUACUGAAAAGGAAAGAUUCCAAGAACAGGUGUAUUUGCUUCGCAAGUACUCGACACAUUGUUUGCAGAAUAUUUUCAGUCGAUUUUAUAUUUGUAGUUUGUCAACAGAAGUAAUUGUUUAUAAAGGGCAACUUACCUCUACUCAGUUAUGGACCUAUUUUAAAGACUUGCAAAGUCCUGAUUUCAAGAUCUAUCUUGCCAUUGUUCAUGCUCGAUUUUCAACGAAUACUUUUCCGACAUGGGAAAGAGCUCACCCAUUAAGGUAUUUAGCGCAUAAUGGUGAAAUUAAUACCUUAAGAGGAAAUGUGAAUCUUAUGAGGGCAAGAGAAGGAGUGAUGAGUAGUUCUAUAUAUAAAGAUGACUUGAGGAAAUUAUACCCUAUUGUUGAGCCACAAAUGUCUGAUUCUGGAAGUUUGGACAAUGUUUUAGAAUUUCUUCUUAUGGCCGGUCACCGAUCUUUGCCAGAGGCAAUAAUAACGAUGAUACCUGAAGCCUGGCAGAAAGAUGAUUUGAUGCCCUUUGAAAAGAAACAACUGUAUCAGUGGAGUUCUUGUGUUAUGGAACCCUGGGAUGGGCCUGCCUUGGUGACUUUUACGGAUGGUCGGUACAUUGGGGCAAUUCUGGACCGUAAUGGACUUCGCCCAUCCCGGUAUUAUUUGACUAAAGAUGAUCAUGUAAUCAUGGCAAGUGAAGUUGGUGUUUUAGACAUACCAAAGGAGAAUGUGAAAUUAAAGGGUCGCCUUCGACCAGGACGCAUGUUGUUGGUGGACACAAUGGAUAAUACGUUCAAACGAGAUGAUGAAGUGAAACUUAAUAUUGCUGCUCAAUAUCCUUUAGCUCAAUGGCUUGAAGAACUGGUUACAGUUGAAAAAUUGAAGCAAUAUUGCAGCAAAAGUUGUAUUCCUUCAAACAAGAUCAAACCCAUUAUGCAGGAUAGACGUUUAACUGUGUUUAAUUAUUCAAUUGAAACUAUAACUCUGUUACUAGUGCCUAUGAUUCAAACAGGGAAAGAAGCUUUGGGAUCCAUGGGUAAUGACGCACCACUUGCUUGUCUUUCAGCAUUCCAGCCACUUGUUUAUGACUAUUUCAAACAACUUUUUGCACAAGUGACAAAUCCACCCAUCGAUCCAUUCCGAGAAGACAUUGUUAUAUCACUGUCUUGCCCAAUAGGGCCAUCAUACAAUAUUUUGGAACCAAGUGCAAAGCAGUGUCAUCGACUAUGGUUAGAGCAGCCAAUUCUGUCCUUGAAUGAUAUUGAAGUCAUAAAAAGUACUAACUAUAAUGACUGGAAAACAAAAGUCAUUGACAUUCUUUAUCCGGUAGAAAAUGGAGGUGAAGGCUUGAUAUCUUCAAUAAAUAAAAUUUGUGAAGAAGCAAGUUUAGCAGUAAAAGAAAAUUGCAGUAUUAUAAUAUUGUCUGACAGAAAAGCAACGAGAGACGUAAUUCCUGUAAGUGCUAUUUUAGCUCUUGGAGCUGUUCAUCAUCACCUAAUUAAUGAAAGACUUCGGAUGAAAGUUGGUUUGAUUGUAGAAACAGGUGAAGCAAGGGAAGUUCACCACAUGUGUGUCUUAUUAGGAUAUGGUGCUGAUGCUAUCUGUCCUUACAUGGUUUUUGAAAUUGCCCUAGGAUUAAACUCGGAAGGAUUGUUACAGCCACCUGUAUCAGAAGAAGCUAUGAUAAACAAUUAUAUUAAAGCUAUUAAUACCGGUAUAUCAAAGGUCAUGACAAAAAUGGGAAUCUCAGCAUUACAGAGCUACAAAGGUGCUCAAAUAUUUGAAGCUCUAGGUUUAAACAAUGAUGUUGUUGACAAAUGUUUCAAGAACACUCCUUCAAGGAUUGGUGGUGUGAAUUUCGAAGUUUUAGCACUUGAAGCAUUAGAACGUCAUCGAUUGGCGUUUGCUGACAGAAAUGGAGAUAGUUUUAUUUUGAGGGAUCCUGGAUUUUAUCACUGGAGACAGGGAGGCGAGGCUCACAUCAAUGAUCCACUUAGCAUUGCUAAUUUACAGGAAGCUGUAAAAGUCAAUUCUCAAAAGGCAUAUGAUAAAUACGUUGAAAGUACGAUGAGUAGCUUAAAAGAUUGCACCUUAAGAGGACAACUGAGCCUCAAGGUGUUUGCUAAGCCUUUACCGAUCUAUAAAAUAGAACCUGCUAAGGAAAUAGUGAAGCGAUUUGUGACUGGAGCAAUGAGCUUAGGAAGUAUUUCAAUUGAAACACAUGAAACUCUGGCAGUAGCAAUGAAUCGCAUUGGUGGAAAAUCUAACACUGGAGAGGGUGGAGAGAAUUCGGAACGAUUCAAGUCUCUUGACUUGAAUAACAAUAAAAGAUCAGCCAUCAAACAAGUUGCAUCAGGAAGAUUUGGUGUAACUAUAGGGUACCUUGCUAAUGCUGAUGAAAUUCAGAUUAAAAUGGCUCAAGGAGCAAAACCAGGGGAAGGUGGUGAAUUACCAGGACAUAAAGUAACGGAAGAAAUAGCUUCUACUCGACAUUCAACACCAGGAGUGGGACUAAUAAGCCCUCCACCACAUCAUGAUAUUUAUUCUAUUGAAGAUUUAUCUGAAUUAAUUUAUGAUUUGAAGUGUGCAAAUCCAACAUCCCGAAUAUCUGUUAAACUUGUAUCAGAAGUAGGUGUGGGAAUUGUAUCUUCUGGUGUUGCCAAGGGUAAAGCUGAGCAUAUCACAAUAUCAGGUCAUGAUGGUGGGACUGGUGCAAGUAGUUGGACUGGUAUUAAGGGUGCUGGAUUACCAUGGGAACUAGGAAUUGCGGAAACUCAUCAAACUCUUGUGUUGAACAAUCUCCGCUCUCGAGUUGUUUUACAGGCAGAUGGGCAGCUUAGAACUGGGUUCGAUGUUGUAGUUGCUGCUCUUUUAGGAGCCGAUGAAUUUGGAUUUUCAACAGCGCCCCUUAUUUCACUUGGUUGCACAAUGAUGAGGAAAUGUCAUUUAAAUACUUGUCCUGUAGGAAUUGCAACUCAGGAUCCAGAGUUACGUAAAAAGUUUGCUGGCCAACCUGAGCAUGUUGUGAACUAUUUUUUCUUUUUAGCAGAAGAGGUUAGAGAAUAUAUGGCUCAGCUUCAUGUGAGAAAAUUUCAAGAUCUUAUUGGACGAACAGAUUUUCUAAAAGUUCGUAAAAACGAAAAGAAUAAGAAGGUGAAUCUUUUGGAUUUUACUGCUCUUUUGAACAGUGUUUCUCCUGCAAGAACGAGAUCAGCAUCUUUAAUUGGCGGAAGUGUUCCUCAAGACUUUGAACUGAAUAAAAGGCUUGAUGAAAUAUUGAUUGAAAAAUGGGAACAAAGUUGGUAUGAUGCAGAACAUAUGCCAAAGAACCUCAGUUUUGAUGUAGACAUAACAAACCAGGAUCGUACAUUUGGGACAACUUUAAGUUUUCACAUAGCUAAGAAACAUGGAGAUUCUGGACUGUCACCGGGUUUUAUUCAAAUCAAUGUUAAAGGUUCAGCUGGACAAAGUUUUUGUGCAUUCCUCAUACGAGGAAUAUCCGUUUCUUUAGAAGGUGAUGCAAACGAUUGCGUUGCAAAGGGUCUUACUGGUGGAGAGGUUAUUUUGUAUCCUCCCAAGGAUAUGCCCUCUGACUUUAGAUCUGAGUUAAAUGUGAUUGCUGGUAAUGCUUGUUUAUAUGGAGCAACAUCUGGUAAAGCAUUCUUCAGAGGCAUAGUUGCUGAGAGAUUUGCUGUUCGAAAUUCUGGUGCAUGGGCUAUCAAUGAGGGCGUCGGUGAUCAUGGCUGUGAAUACAUGACAGGAGGAAGAGUAGUAGUUUUGGGCUUGACAGGUCGUAACUUUGCAGCUGGAAUGUCCGGUGGUAUUGCUUAUGUGUACAAUAAAGAUGGCCAGUUUUUCCCCAAAUGCAACACUGCUACUGUAGAUUUACUGCCUGUUGAAGUUCCAGAAGAUUUACAAUUUUUGAAGGACUUCAUUUCAGAGUUUAGAGAUAAAACUGGGUCUGAAGUUGCAGAAAGUAUAAUACAGUCUUGGCCUGAAUCAAUUAAGUAUUUUGUGAAGGUUUUCCCUAAAGAUUACCAAAGAGUUCUUCAACAGAAAUUAGAAAUGGAAAAUAAACAAAGAACGACAGAUUCAAAGGAAUCCGGUUCUAUGAAUGGUGUCAAAGAUAUUGAAGACAUAUUUAAAAAAAUUGAUAAAACUAGGGGAUUUAUGAAGUAUGAUCGAGAGCUUUCGCAAUAUAGAGAUCCCGAAACCAGAAUUCUUGAUUAUAAUGAAAUUUAUAAUCAUCAAACUGUGAAGAAAACUCUUAAAGUACAAGCUGCAAGGUGUAUGGAUUGUGGUGUUCCUUUCUGCCAAUCAAACAAUGGCUGUCCUCUUGGCAAUAUUAUUCCAAAGUGGAAUGAUUUAGUUUUUCAGGAUAGUUGGGAGGAAGCUUUAGAUCAACUGCUUUUGACGAAUAAUUUCCCUGAAUUUACUGGGCGAGUUUGUCCAGCUCCUUGUGAGUCCGCUUGUGUUCUGUCUUUGAUCGAACCAGCUGUCACAAUCAAAAACAUAGAAUGUGCAAUUAUUGAGAACGCAUUUGAACGAGGAUUGAUAAAACCAAGCCCUCCAUUAAAGCGAUCUGGUUUCACAGUAGCUGUUAUAGGAAGUGGGCCUGCUGGACUAGCAGCUGCAGCACAGUUAAAUAAGGCUGGGCAUUUAAUUACUGUAUUUGAAAGAAGUCCUAAAAUUGGUGGUUUGCUACGAUAUGGAAUCCCUACGAUGAAACUCAGUCGAAAAGUGAUUGACAGGAGGCUCAAUAUAAUGGAACUAGAAGGAAUAGUUUUUAAAACAAAUUAUGAAGUAGGCAGAAAUAUUUCCAUUGAUGAACUUGCUUCAUUUGAUACCAUUCUUAUUGCCACAGGUUCCACUCGUCCUAGAAACCUUUCCCUUCCUGGUCGUAAUUUAGAUGGUAUUCACUUUGCAAUGGAUUUCUUGGAAAAAAGUCAAAGAGACCAGGAAGAAGGACUUCCAAUUUUAGGGGAUGCAAAUGAGAAGGAUGUAAUUGUCAUUGGUGGUGGAGACACUGGUGUUGAUUGCAUAGCUACAGCUCUUAGGCAGGGAGCGAAAAGUAUAACAACUUUUGAAUUGUUGUCAAAGCCACCUACUGUUAGACCACGAGGAAAUGUUUGGCCUCAAGCUCUUAAAUCUCUGAAAAUGGAGUAUGGCCACGUUGAUGUUAAGACUAAAUUUGGUCAGGAUCCUAGACAUUAUAAUUUGUUACCAAAGGAAUUUGUUUGUGAUAGAAACAAUGCUGUUUCUGGGAUCCGAGCGAGUGAAAUUCAGUGGAAGAGAAACCCUGCUGGCAGAUGGGAGGCAGAAGAAGUUCCCAAUUCUGAGAAAGUUUUUAAAGCUGAAUUAGUAUUACUGGCUUUAGGAUUUUUGGGCCCAGAUACGGACUUAUUGGAACAAUUAAAUGUGAAGUUAAAUAUGAGAUCUAACAUUGAAUCAUCAGAUGUUAAAUAUCGAACUUCUGUCCCAAGAAUUUAUGCAGCUGGGGGUAAGUAA